UAACCGUGUUCGUACUUUUCUAAAACCGAAAUAAAAAUCAAGAAAAACAGUGCCUCAACCAGCCUCAACUGUGCAGUGUUUAUAAAUUUAAUACUACAUCUUAUGAGAUCCGUUCAACAUGAACGAUUUAAUUCCAUGCCGAUGCUGUCUUCUACGUCCGCCGGAUAAAAAUUUAAAGAGUUCAUAUACGUGCUUUGAUAAAACAGAAGUUUAUGCUGAUAUGUUAAAGGAAUGCUUCGAAAUAAAUUUUACAAAUGAAACCACAGAAAAUGAUAAUGGAAUUUGUGAUGUCUGCAUUGUCCGUCUUCGAGAUGCUUUUGAGUUUAAACAUCAAGUAAUACAGUGCCAGAAGGAUUUUCAACUUCAUUUUAAUAAAAUAAAAGACGAGUCUCCACCAAACGUCAAGGAAGAGCUCGCUGAUGAUGAUAAUGAAAUAUUUUAUCUUGAAUUAAAAGAGGAAUUAUCAGAUAUUGAAACUUUAAAAGAGGACGAAAAUUUGGCAGAGAUACUAGGACUAGACGAAAUAAGUAUAAAGAAAAAAAGUAGCAAGAAACGACUUUUGAAGUCAGAAAGCAGUUCCAAGAAAAAUACUUUUAAAUCGAAUAUAAACAUAACUUUAAGAAAACCGGCUUUCUCGGAUAUACGUAUCGUAAGUGAGCACAAAAAGCACGCUGCUAAUGUUGAAAAUAUAAUAAAGUAUUCCAACUGCACACCAUUUUCUAAUAAAACACUCUCAGGUAUAGUCUGUGCGUUCUGCAAGGAGACAUACACGAGUACUCAGGAGUUAAGAACGCACACACAGGAUGCGCACAAGAAACCCGACCUCACUUGUAAGAGAGUCGAUAAAAAUAAUUUGUCAAUAAAAAUGGACAUCACCAACUUGAAGUGCACUCUGUGCGACGCUAGCGUGCACGGUAUCACAAGUUUAAAGGACCACCUGACGGAACAUCACAAUAUCAAAUUCUUUCCGGACGUCUACGAUUACAUUCUGGAGUUCAAACUCACCGACGAGGAGGUGUUGAACUGUGCACUCUGCAAUUCUAAGUAUGAAACUUUCAAAAUGCUGCUGCAGCACAUGAACGGCCACUACCGGAAUUAUAUCUGCGAGGUGUGCGACAUGGGAUUCAUAAACAAGCACAGACUGAAGAAUCAUCAGCGGACGCACGACGUGGGGAAUUUCAAGUGUUCGUUCUGUGACAAAGUGUUCAGUACGCGGGUGAGGAAGAUGUGCCACGAGAAGUACACCCACAACACCAACGCGAGGUACACCACGAACUGCCCGCACUGCGACCAGUCCUUCACGAGCUACUAUCAGAGGAACAGGCACAUGUCGAACGAGCACAACGUGGCCGCAGCGACGUAUAAAUGCAACAUCUGCGACAAAUCCUUCAUAUUAAAGUCAAAAUUGACGGCGCAUAUAAAGAAAGUGCAUCUGAUGGAACGGAAUCACAUCUGCCCCGAGUGCGGACAGGGUUUCUUCAUCAAGCAGUCGUUGGACGAGCACAUGAUCAAACAUAAUGGUGAACGAGUUUUUAAAUGUACAGUGUGUUACAAGUCGUACGCCAGGAAAAAGACUUUGAGGGAGCACAUGCGGAUACAUAAUAAUGACAGACGUUUCAAAUGCGGCGUGUGCGGAUUGGCAUUCGUUCAAAAGUGCAGUAUGAAAAGCCACAUGCUGUCCAAUCAUGGGCUUAGUCUUACGGAGUAUUUGAACACUAAACAUGAAGUUAGCACCUAAGUUAUCCGGUACUUAUGUCCUUUCCAGUCUUCCCUGUACAUCACAGAAAAACACAAAUAUAAUAAUUAUGUUAUAUGUUUAUGAAAAACAUUUUUGGAAUCCAGUCUUUUCGCAACUGAAUUUUUAUUGUAUACAAUUUUAGCCACUAGGUUGAAAUUAGCAGUGUAAAAUAAUAAAAAAAUAACUUGUAAGAAUUUUGCAUUUACUAAAAUAUUCGUAUUGGUAAAUGGUAGCUAUGUAAUAGUACCAAUAUAGAUGUGAUUUAAGUUAUACUUUGUACUUAUAGAAUAUGAUUAUAUUUUGUUAAACGUAAAAAAUGAUAUCACACUUUUUACUUAAUUAUUAAACCAGUGCAAUUUAUUUUAUUUUUACUUUUUUGUUAAGUUAAAUACUUGUAUAAAGUAAUAUAGGAAUUGUAUGCAAGCUGUAAUAUUAGAUAAAUAGCAUACAAUAGGAUAUUUAGAUGAAAACAAACUACAUAUUGGAUGAGACGUUUUUUUUCAUAGUAAAGAAUAUUCUCAUGGUAGUUUUAAUCAAGAUUCAGAUCCUUACUCCCAAAAGUGAUUCCAUU